AUGGCGUCGUCUGUGCGAAAGAAGAGAGUCUCCAUCGUCUCUCUCUCAGAGAAGAUGAAGAUUCCAUCAAAUAAACCUAAAGCGCGAUUCGGAUGCAGACACACGCAGGUGAUGCUCAUGGGCUUGAGCUUCUUUUGCUGUUACGCUGUCCGAGUGACGACCUCGGUGACCCUGGAGGCGAUGACUAAUGCAAACAGCGCUAAUCCCGAUUUCGAAGAGUUUGCCUGGAGCGAAUCGGUCAAACAUAUGAUCCUCAGUUCCUUCUUCUGGGGCUACACCUGCACGCAAAUACCCGCGAGCAUCAUCACCCAGCGAUGGAGCGCCCAGGGACUGUUCUCGGUGACCCUUAUCAUCGCCGGUCUGCUGACCCUCGGCAGUCCGUUCGCCGCUCAUUAUGGUGGCUGGCAGGCGAUGAUCGCUGCCAGAAUAAUUUGCGGCCUCGCUCAAGGUGCCGCUCUACCGUGUCUUCAUACCUUGUUAUCCAAGUGGUCGCCACCCGAGGAACGUGGAAGACUAUCAACAUUCGUUUAUUCCGGUGGCUGGAUUGGAAACGUAAUAUGUUUGUUGAGUACUGGUUUCCUCUCAGCAUCAUCAAUUGGCUGGCCCAGCUGUUUUUACGUUUGGGGAAGCUGCAGCAUCUUGUGCGGUAUCAGUUUUUACAAAUUUGGCAAGGACUCGCCCUCUGAACAUGCCAGUAUACCUUCCGAUGAAAAGGAGUAUAUCGAGAUGAGCCUGGGAGCAACAGAGGUCGAUGAGAAACCUUCCACUCCAUGGAUAUCCAUAUUGAAGAGUCUUCCAGUUUGGGCACUAUUAGCGACGCAAUGCGCGCAAUCCUGGGGAUUCUGGAUGCUGCUGACGGAAAUCCCGUCCUAUAUGGCUUCGGUCAUGCAUUUCGACAUCAAGAAAAACGGUUUGAUGACUGCACUGCCAUACUUGACAGCGUGGAUCGUCAGUUUCCCCAUCAGUUAUGUGUCCGAUAUAUGCAUCCGGAGGAACAUUGUGUCGACCCAAAUGUCACGGAAGAUCUGCAACACGCUUGGCCAGUGGACGCCGGCGAUCGCGUUGAUCGGACUGGGUUACACGAGACAGGAUCAGCCGGAAUUAGCCGUGAGCAUCCUCGUCAUCGCCGUGGCCAGCAAUAUCGCUGCUUACUGCGGCCACAAUGUCAAUCAUAUGGAUCUCAGUCCGAAUUUUGCCGGUCCGCUUAUGGGAUUCACGAAUGCCAUAGCGGCUGCUUGCGGCAUUCUCGCACCGCUGAUCGCCGGCGUGAUUGUCACAGAUCCGACUAACAUUUUGCAAUGGCGAAGCGUGUUCUUCCUGUCGGCUGGAAUAUACAUAGUGGGCAAUUUAAUCUUUGUCCUAUUCGGCACCAGCAAAGUGCAAAAGUGGAAUGAUGAUAUUAAAAGCAAACGAGAUAGUAUCGUGCAUAAAGUAUCGAUGACACCAGUGACUGUCGCGACAAUACAGGAGGAAAGAAACAUCGAAAAAAUUCCUUGACAAUCAAAAUAGAAAAGCGUGAAAUUAUGCAACAUACACAACACUUGUUUGCCUUUUAAUUUUUAUUUUUUAAAAACUGUGUUCAUUUUAAAUGUGUGGAUAUAUGUGAUUUGCGCGCUAACUUCUAAAUGACUUAGAAUAUAUCAUCAUGCAUGUG